UGGUGGGGAUGACGACGGCGAGGGACGUGGAUGGUCGCCAUUUUGAUGGUGACGCGCACGGCGCAGCUCGGGUUCCACCAGUGACGAAGCCACUGGAGUUUUGACGUGGCUGCUACGUACCUGCCUGCUUGCCCACUCCGAUUGCAGCAAAGUUGGUGACGAGAAAUACGUAACUGGUAAGUACCCAGCUGGAGAAUAAUAACAAGCGGACAUGGACCACUGCGCUAACGGGCUCCAGGUACCCAGGCUAUGGAAAGUAUGGUCGAGGAAAAUGGAUCGGCCGUUGACCCAUUAUCACAGGGUUCUCAAAGUGGUGAUGCAGCACCGGCAAUUGCAACAUCGGUACAGUCUCUCAAUAGAACGCCUCAACAGCAAACUCAUCAUCUGGUAGCUUCUACCAGCAUUGUGCAACUGACACUACCUUCAUCAGGAGCAACACAGGUCCAAUCAGUUAUACAACCUAACCAACAGUCUGUAAUUCAGACAGCAACAAAUAUUCAACCUGUUGCUCUCUCCAAAGGAAAUGUUAUUCUUGUUAGUAAACCAAAUUCAGUCAUACAAACUGCUCAAGGCAGUCUACAAACACUUCAGGUUGUUGAGACAGGAAGUGAUGAUAGUUUUUCGGAUGAAGAAUCUCCGAAAACAAGAAGUAAUAUUCUCACCAGACGUCCAUCAUACAGAAAAAUUCUUAAUGAUCUAGGUGGUGGAGAAAUUACUGACGGUCGUUUGCCCCCCAUAGAAUCUUCUUCAGAGUGCGAUUCUAAUGUGGACAGUGAAGUGUCUUCCCACUCUCUUCAUUAUCAGACAGUAAUACCUGCUGGCACUAUUCAAAUUGCAACACAAGGGGAGGGUGUCCCAGGGCUUCAUACGUUAACUAUGAGUAAUGCAGCAACAGCGGGUGGAGCUAUAGUAGAGUAUGCACAGGGCCAGGAUACACAAUAUUUUGUCCCAGCUUAUUCAGGACAUGGUGUAGUUGUUGAAGAUGCGGCUAGAAAAAGGGAACUGAGGUUGCUGAAGAAUAGACAAGCAGCAAGAGAAUGUAGAAGAAAGAAAAAGGAAUAUAUUAAGUGCUUAGAAAAUCGUGUUGCAGUUCUAGAAAACAGAAAUCAGACUUUAAUUGAUGAGCUGAAGUCCUUGAAAGAGCUCUAUCAACAAAAAGCAGACUGAGGUUGGUGUUUGAUAUUGAAACAUUGUAUCAAAAUUAUUAAUCGAUUAUGGAAUCUGUACAUGUUUUGUUUGUGUACAUUAUCCUAAGACAUUGUUAGAUAAACGAUGGUGAUGUACAUGCAUUCUUAUAGAUAAGCGUUCUGUAACAUACUGUAUUUAAGUGUGAAUACAAAGGCUUGUGAAACUUGCUAUUACUAAAGCGAGAAGCCAAAGGUACAUGAAAUGUGGAGGUAGGGAAUGUAUAGACAGAUAUUUGGGAAAUCAUCAUAUAUAUUUUGGAUAAAGAUGAUUAUAAAAUUCACACCAAUGUUCAUGCAUGGAGGGGAUAAAAAAAAUGUUAACGUUCAAAAUGUACAAUCUACUUUACAGAGGCAGUAUGAUCGUGCUAUUUUGAGAUAAAUGAUGUGUUAAUGUAGUAUCACUGCAACCUUCCAUUUGUAUAUUAUAAACUAGAUGAUUGAAAGGUAUUGUAAAGAACAAUACAAUGGUUUUACAAAUAGUCAAUUUGUGAUAAAUUAGUCACUUGAUUUUUUUGCUAAAUAUCUUAUAGAAAAAAAUUCUAUAAAUAUAUCUAUAAGAUAUAUCAAAUGGGGCUAACAUAUUAUUUUAGAUCUACAUUUGUGAUCGUUAUUUCUUUAAAAAGUAAUUGUUUCUUUGAAUAAUAUUUUCCAUAGCCUCUUUUAACUUUUGGUAAUGUAUAUUAUACACAGUAUUCAUUGUAGAAACUGAUACAAUUUUUGUUUAAAUAAUUGGAAAUAUUUUUAUAAGUAUAAUGGAUAGACAAGCUUAUUUCUUUUAGUUAUGAAACAUUACAAUCUAUCUGUUAUAUACAAUUAAAUAUAUGUAAUAUAAUUCUUUAUAUUUCUCUAAAAGCAAAAGGAAUGUAAGAAAGAAACAACAUCUACAAUGCGAAAAACUAUAUUUUAAAGAGUCAGAAUUUACAAAGAUGUUUAUUCUGUCUCUUUUCUCUCCUCCUCUGAAUACUACAAGUGGAAAAAACUACUGGUUGAUAUAUGUAAAAUAUAAAUGUAAUAUAAUCUGGAGUGCCUUUACAAUUUCUGUGUACACAGCAAUGUAUAUAUAUAUGUGUGUAUAUAUAUGUAUGUAUAUGUGUGUAUAUAUAUGUAUAUAUAUAUAUGUAUAUGUAUAUGUAUAUGUAUAAAUAUAAAAUUAUUACGUUAUAAGAACACAGGAUAGAGAUAAUAUUUUUAAAUUAUGUAUUACAAUAUACUUUUAUGCACUUGACGUGUUAUAUAAGAUUCUGUUGAUGUUGGAACUUUCAUUCUGAUGUAUAUUUUCGCAUUUUUAAAUUAAGGAAUACUAGCAUGAAUUAAAUAUUUAAAUAUCAAAGUGUAAUAAAUAAAUCUACUGCAUUAGUAGAUAAUGAUAAAACCACUUUCUCUUCAUGUUUCGUGAUCUCUGUCCAGUACACAAUUCUGUAUCAAUUAAUCUUUACAUAUAAUUAUUUAAGUAAUCUGAUUUGUGCUAUGCAAAAGAAAUAAUUAAAAAACAAUUAUAGCAA